GAUGGAUCAUUGUCUUCUCCCAGUUUCUUCUGUUGCUGCUGCCCUGGUGCUUCGUCCAUGCUUUUAUAUAUGUCUGUUCACAUUCCCUCUCUUCCCUCUCUGCAUUCUUCUUUCUGACAAAGCCACCACCAUUUUGUGAGACUAUAGUUUCUCUCCAAAACAGAUGGGAAAGUGAAAUGAUUUUUAGAUUGCCAUCACACAACAUCGUAGUCACCUUGUUCAGGUGAGGAGGUAAAGUCUUGAGAGGAACAGCAUAAUAAAUGUGGAGACGCUCUCCCAUCUUACCCCACCGCCAGCGAUAAAGGUCACUUUCUCUUUAAAUGCAAAUUACCUCCUGCCAGCUCAGCUUCCACCCCUCCAGUUCCCUGUUCCCGGUAGGAGAGUGCUGAGGGCGGAGGAACACACACGGAAGCAUCACUCCAGACCCCAAACCUCCAGCUCUCGGGGCUUGGCAGGUGAAGGGAUGACUUUGCUUCUCAGAUCUCAGUGGGGCUGCCUCCCACCCAGGGCCUGAGGCCCAGCCAGCAUCAAUGGAGGACAAGAAGAAGAAAAGGAGUCCCAAACCCUGCCUGACCCAGCCGGCUGCAGCCCCAGGAACACUCCGCAGGGUCCCUGUGCCCACCAGCCACAGUGGCUCCUUGGCCCUGGGCCUCCCUCAUCUGCCGUCCCCCAAACAGAGGUCCAAGUUCAAGAGGGUAGGCAAGGAGAAAUGCCGCCCGGUGCUGGCCGGAGGUGGGGGUGGCUCCGCAGGCACCCCCCUGCAGCACUCGUUCCUGACCGAGGUGACCGAUGUUUAUGAGAUGGAGGGAGGACUGUUGAACCUGCUCAAUGAUUUCCACUCAGGCCGGCUACAGGCCUUCGGGAAGGAAUGCUCCUUCGAGCAGUUGGAGCACGUGCGAGAGAUGCAGGAGAAGCUGGCCCGGCUGCACUUCAGCCUGGACGUGUGUGGGGAGGAGGAGGAAGAGGAGGAAGAGGAGGACGGGGUCACUGAGGGGCUGCCUGAAGAGCAGAAGAAGACCACGGCCGACCGCAACCUGGACCAGCUGCUUAGCAAUCUGGAAGAUCUUAGUAAUUCCAUGUAUCCUUUCCCGGACCUGUGUAUGUGUAUGGGCCUCCCAGAGAUGAUAUCACUUUCCUCUUCCCUCCCACCCUCCAGGAGUGUUUACUAUAACACCAUCUCCACACUCUGAUGUCCUACUAAGUCAGAGUUAGCCACAGACUGCCCCCACCCAGGAAAAGGAGUGCAGGAAGAAUUUCCCAAAUUUUAGGAAAAAGGUGGUUGCAGGGAGUAUGUUUUACCUACUUAUCCAAAAUCUUUGCAAGCACUUUAGCUGACACCAAUCCAUGGCAAAGCUUGUCUAAUGUCUUCCUAAUCUUUCAGCACUCAAUUAUUUUCAGUGAUUUAGAUGAUCUCCCUACCUAGUCCUGGUCAGAAAUAGUGCGGGUGCAGACACCUGUAGGAUCUACUAGAUCAAAAGAGAAUGGGCUAAGCCACCUAGCAAGAAGGGCCGAUGAAGACUGCAACCUCAGCCCUGGCUGGUCUGGCUCAGUGGGUAAAGCUAAGGCCUGUGGACUGAAGGGUCCAGGUUUGAUUCUGGUCAGGGGCACAUGCCCAGGUUGCAGGCUCUAUCCCCAAUGGGGGGCCGUACCGGAGGGAUGGAUCAAUGAUUCUCAUCAUUGAUGUUUCUAUCUCUCUCUCCCUCUCCUUUCCUCUCUGAAAUCAAUAAAAGUAUAUUUUAAAAAAAGGACUGCAACCUCAGACCACCGCAGAGUCCCUUGCACAGCCCCUUUCGCAGUUGGAGAGCCAGCCUGUGCAGGAUGAAAAGAUGGGGCUGGAAAGACCGGGUCUGCAGUAUCCAAUCCUUGACUGACACAGACAGAAGCUGCACCUGGCCGAGAAUGCGGAGCCUGAGGAGCAGGCAGCGGUGUAGGUGUCGGACCUACGCCCGGACUGCCCCCUCUCAUUCCCUUCAAACUGUGACUUUUUACUGACUCAACUGCGUAUUCUGUGGCCCCCCAGGUGCUAUGGGGAGGGGGGCAUGACAUGGAAUUAAACCGGAAUGAA